ACAGAGCCACCAUGGGCACGACAGCCCCAGGGCCCAUUCACCUGCUGGAUCUCUGCGACCAGAAGCUCAUGGACUUUGUGUGCAACAUGGACAACAAGGACUUGGUGUGGCUCAAGGAGAUCGAGGAGGAGGCUGAGCGCAUGUUUACCAGAGAAUUCAGCAAAGAGCCGGAGCUAAUGCCCAAAACGCCUUCCCAGAAGAACCGCCGGAAGAAGAGACGCGUUUCUUAUGUUCAGGAUGAAAACAGGGACCCCAUCCGGAAAAGGUCUUCCCGCAGGAAGAUCCGCAGCGGCCGGCUGAGCUCCCAGCACCUGCGAGGCAAGGACAAGGCGGAGAAGCUGGCUGCGGUGGUCGGGGAACAGGGCUCUCCCAUGCUGCUGCGGAGGGUGACCCGGGCAGCCGCUGCCGCUGCCGCAGCCAGCAGGGUGUCAGCUGUUCCCUCACCCGCCCUGGAGCCCCCUAUGGACCGGGCCAGGAUGCCCGUGGUAGAGAUUGGCACUGCUGAGCGCCAUAGCGCCGAGCAGUGGCUUGCCCGGCUCACGGCCGUGCCCCCGACCUCAGCUGCAGCCUCACAGGGUGCCCCAGCCUUGGCCGAGGAGCUGACACCAGACAGGCCAGGCACCAGGAGACUGGAGUCUGUCACCGUGAGUGCCCUGGUGAGCACCCCGCAGGGCCUCAUUGCCCCGGGUCCCCGGGCCUUGCUGGCGCAGAAGUGUUCCGUGGUGGCCAAGCAAGAAGGCACCUGCCGCAGGUCCAGCAAGAGGAUUGACAAGAACAUGCCCCCUGUGCCCGCCGCCUCCGCCCGUAUCAUCUGUCACAGCUACCUGGAGAGACUCCUGAAUGUCGAGGUGCCCCAGAGAGUUGGCCCCAGGCAGGAAGAGCCCAGCAGGGAGGCUGAGCCCAUGGUGGCAGCAGCUGAGCCUGAGGAUCCUGGGAGCAGCGGGAACCCCUUGCUGGCCCACAGUGCUGCCCAGACCACCAUCCACACUCCAGAUUCUCAGCCAGCCCCUGGUGGUCAGGAGAUGCCCCCUGAAGGGCAGCAGGGGGUCACAGCUGACGACUCUGAGGGACACCAGGAGCCGCCCCAGAGCGUCAGGAGGAAGCGCAGCUACAAGCGGGCCAUGAGCGACCCAGAGGAGGAGCCUUCCCUGGCUGACGAGGAGCUGCAGCCCCUCAGGAACAAGACGCCCUCCCCGCCCUGCCCUGCCAGCAAGGUGGUGCGGCCACUGCGGACCUUCCUGCAUACGGUGCAGCGGAACCAGCUGCUCAUGACUCCCAGCUCCGCCCCGCGAGCCACCGUCCUGAAGUCCUUCAUCAAGCGCAACACCCCGCUGCGCGUGGACCCCAAGUGCAGCUUUGUCGAGAAGGAGAGGCAGCGCCUGGAGAGCCUGCGGCGGAAGGAGGAGGCUGAGCAGCUGCGCAAGCAGAAGGUGGAGGAGGAGAAGCGGCGGCGGCGGGAGGAGGAGAAGCUGUGUGCACCAGGCAGAGUGAGGCUGCUGCAGGGGCACGUGUGGGUGGCUCUACAGGCCAAGGAGGAGCGGCAGGCAGAGGAGAAGGCCAAGAAAAAGGCGAUGGCCAAAAAGAUGGAGGAGGCCGAGGCGCGCAGGAGGCAGGAGGAGGAGGCACGCAGGCUCCGGUGGCAGCAGCAGGAAGAGGAAGAGCGGCGCCACCAGGAGCUGCUGCAGAAGAGGAAGGAGGAAGAGCAGGAGCGGCAGCGCAAGGCUGCCGAGGCUCGGCGCCUGGCGGAGCAACCCAGCCACCUGGGAGGCUGCAGGCUUUUCCUUAGCUCGGACAGUGCACAUUGGGCAGCGGGCAGCCCCGAGGCCUGUGGAGGGACUGGCGUGGGCCGAGGGGUGGGGAUCAGUGACAGUGCUGACCGAGGCCUGGGACGGGGCGGUGUGGACCGUUCUGGCUUGGCGUGGCCUGCACCCUUGGGGUGGGGACAGGGCUGGGCACCGCCUGUUGCCUUGACAGCCUCUUGCUGGGUCCUCAGGGAGCUGCAGGAGCGGGAGAGGGCCCUGCGGCUGCAGCGGGAACUGGAGGAGAAGAAGGCACAGGAGGAGCAGCAGCGCCUGGCUGAGCAGCGGCUGCAGGAGGAGCAGGACCAGAAAGCCCGGGAGGCGGUGGGGGCCAGCAAGGCCCUGAAUGUGACGGUGGAUGUACAGUCCCCAGCCUGUACCUCCUAUCAGAUGACCCCUCAAGGGCACAGGCGCCCCCCCAAGAUCGACCCAGACAGCUACUGUAACUACGGCAUGGACCUGAACAGCGACGACUCCACUGACGACGAGGCCCAGCCCCGCAAGCCCAUCCCGUCCUGGGCCCGAGGCACCCAGCUCAGCCAGGCCAUCGUCCACCAGUACUACCACCCGCCAAGCCUGGCUGAGCUCUUCGGGACCAUCGCCCCGCUGGACUUGGAGGACAUCUUCAAGAAGAGCAAGCCCCGCUACCACAAGCGCACCAGCUCGGCCGUCUGGAACUCACCGCCCCUGCAGGGCGCCCGGCUCCCCGGCAGCCUGGCCUGUAGCCUGAAGAAGUACUGAGGCCUUGGCCCGCUGGCACCAGCGCCGCCCUCCCAGGCUGUCCUUGCUAUUCUAUGCUGCCUCCGCCUGGCUGCUGUGGGUGGCUCGGGCGUCUCCGCUGCAGGCAGGCAUGGCUGCUGCUUGCAGGACAGCGCCCCGGUGACCAGCCCGCAGGCGGCACCCUGUAAAUAGGAGUUACAGUCCAGCGGAUUUUAGCAUCUCGUGUUUGAGAGGUAGAUUAAUAAAGUGUGUUCCUUCGAGCCUACUGUGGGUAUCGUGGAGGCAGGUGGCAGCUCGGGCCCUGGUCCUGGCCACUGGAUGGGCUGCAGGCUUAGGCAGGCUCCUCCCCACCGAGUCCCUGUCACCUGCUGCUGGUGCGGAGGAAAGUGGCCCUGCGAAGGCUCAGGUGCCCGUGGGAAGGGAGCACGUGUGGGCAGGAGCUCGGCCCCACCCUGCCCUGCUGCUGUGCCGUGGGGGACCUGUGGUGUUCAGGAAGGUGUCCCCUAAGACUGCUUGGAGCAGCGGGAGCUUCCCAGUGUCCGAGCCCCCACAUCCGGGAGAAACGAGGAGAUCCAGCCCGAUGCAGCCAGCAGACGGGCUUGGGGCCAGACCGAGCCGCGGCCCCUGCCCCACUCCCGCGGGAAGGCCUGUUCCUGCAGCUGCCCUGCUCUGAGGGAAUUCAGUUGUGCAGUUUGAGGUCUGUGACCUGUGGAGCUGAACGUAUUCGCUCUUCGAACCUGUACAGGAAUCUGCCGGCCGCUGCACAGGGACAGUAAAGGCUAAAUGCUAGAGCGCUUUAAAAACCACCCUGGAGGAAGCAGGGAGCACGCGGCCGCAGGCGGGCGCUCAUUCAGGGUGGCGCAGGUUGAACUAACUGUUCCUGUGUUGUGUCCGGGAGUCGCAUUCAGUAAACUGGAGAGCGCGCCUUUGUCUGGAACGACAGCAUCGAAACGUCCCUUCUGGGAAGCAAGUGUGUAACGGGCUUCAGGCACAGCGCCACUCGGAAGGGAGGCCCCGCCUCAGCCUCACCCGCGCCAGGCCGCGCCUGCCCUGUGGACCCCGUGCGUGGUGCCCCUCUCGGGGCUGGGCCUGCCGCGGCCUUGUGACUGAGUGUCUUCGCUUCCUCAUCUGCGAGCUGGGUGUCUUGGUGAAGAGUCUGCUCAAAUCUUGUUCACGUCUAAGCUGAUCACGUCCUUCCUGUUGAGUGUAAGAAUCCUUGCAUGUUGGGAAUAUAAAUGUCUGUUGGCAUUUGUGUUCGCUGUGGUGUUUUCUCAUGGUCUACAGCUUGUCUUCUUCAGUUUUUUCACAGCAGAAAUUUUAACUUGGCAGAGUGCAGCUUGUCCCACUUACUGUUGGGUUAUACUUGACUUUUUUUUGAGCCAUGUCUGAGAACUCUGCCUGGCCUCAGGUCCCAAAGAUUUUCUUUUAGGUUUCUUUUAAAUGUUUUGCUAUUUACAAGAUCUCACUGAGUCAACUUUCUUUAAAAAGGUGUGACUUGUUUUUUGCUAGUAUGUGGGAGCGUGUGGGCGGAUGUCUAGUUGUUCCAGCACCAAGUGUUGAAAUGGUGGUUCUUCCUCCAUUGAAUUUCUCUGGACUUUUUGUCGAGAGCCAGUGAGCUGCCUUGAAACGGACCUGUGUUUGGAGUCUAUUCUCCAUUAGUCUGUGCCUCUCCUCCAAUGCGGUGUGGUCAAGAUUAACAGUGCUGUGCUGAGCCUUAGAACUUGAUUAUGUAAUCCUCCAGAUUUAGCUUUCCUUUACAGAAUCAUUUUGGUGGUUCUCUUAGUUAUACCUUGACAUAUAAAUUUUAAAAUCUUGCUUAGACUUUGCCUACCAUGGCAUGAACUUAGGGUCGGGGAUUUAGCUCUCACUGGUUCUGCCACCUGCUUCACAAGUGCAAGGACACAAGUUUGAUCCCUGGAACCAAAAAAGAAGGAUGGCAUGAACUUAGGAGGGUUUGGGGGAGAACCCACACCCUCAGGCUCACGGUGGUGAGGCCUACUCACAACAUCAUGGUUCUCCAUGCACUUGCAUCUGUGGCGUCACAGUUUAACUCCUGCAUUAUGGAUCCUGUACGUGCUCUGUAUAAUAUUUAUUUCCUU